AUGUUGCUCCACGAAGAGGUUCAGUUGCCAUGUUCUCCUGUUCACGAAAUCAUGCUGACCGAAACUGAAAUAGAGGACUUGUUUUCUCUCAUGAACCAAUCGAGAGACCUGGCCAGCCCGGGGUCCGGUUCACAGGGAUCGAACCGGGCGGUUUACUCGCCAGAGGAAAGAAAGCUGAGACGCAUGCAAUCGAACCGUGAAUCGGCUAGAAGGUCCCGCUGCAGAAAGAAGAAGCAUCUUGAGAAUCUGACGAGCCAACUGAACCGGUUGAGACUCCAAAACCGUUUUCUCAGAAACCGACUCUCCUUAACCAUGCACCACCACCUUCUACUAUCCCUACAUAACGAUCAUCUUAAAUCCGAAGCUAUUGCUCUCAUGGCCUCUCUUUCUGAUCUAUGUCUAGGAAGAGGAAAACAUGGUUACGUACGUGCAGUGUAG